AUGUCCUCCGCACAAGAUCCGGCUAUAUCUGUUACAUCAACAGAUACCCCGGUUCCAGAUCACAAACAUCCACAAGUUACCUCGUCGUUAGGAGAUCACCCCCCUCCAAAUCACAUCCAUCACGUUACUCAUCAGCAUUCCACGUUCCCAGUUGAAAGCUUCGUACAACCCUUCAGUUCGUUUCCUGAUAACCCCAAUAACCCGAAUCACGUUUAUACCUCGUUCCCAGCUCAAAGCUUUGUACAACCUCCCUUCUGGUAUCCCGCACCUGGUUUAUCGUACGCUCCACCCCAAGGACAUCACGUCUUUGGGCAAGGGCAUCCUGCUCCUCUCAACCACCCACAAGGAACCAUGCCCACCGCUCACUGGCAAGCAUACCAUCAACCUCAACCUCCAUCUUUCGGAAACGGACCCAUGUACCAUCAUCCACCAAAUCUCACCGCAUACCAACACCCAUUCCCUUUCAGAUAUGGGCCGCCUGUUCCUCCAUUUGUACCAAUUCCAAACCUCGCUGACUCCAAUCCCGCUAGCGACACAUCAGUCAACAAUACGACUACGCGUAACACAGAUUUGACUCCGAUUCCACCCAUCGUAUCUCUUGAAAGUGCUCAAACACCCACUCAAGCUAAUCCUGCCGCUGCUAUCACUCCAACAACUUUUACAAAUGACAUACCAAUUUCAGAUACACCAGUAGAAGAUCCGAAUGCUACUGAACUUGUGUUGGUUCAAAAUGACGAAGAGAUAUUGGCCAAUGAACGUGAUGAUGACUGGCCACCAAUUGACUGUUGUUGA